UCCCCCACCCCUCUCUCUCCUGUCUCUCCUCUCUCUCUAACAGGAGAAUCCCUCAGUUUCAGAGCUCCCCACAGAAAUCCGGAGAAAAAACUGAGAAUGACGAUUUGACUUUUUUCAGCAAAUUCUACGGACACUCACAAUGCGUGUGAAGGAACUGCAUCCUCUGUGCUGCAUCUCACUGGAGAGUCCGAGCAUCGGGGACCAGUCGCCGGACUCGAGACCCGGCUCCGGCGGAUCUGACGGCAAUGCCGGACGGCCGGUGGGAUCCGAGGCCAGCUUCGCCGGGGUUCUGUACAAGUGGACGAAUUUCGGCAAGGGGUGGAGAUCGAGGUGGUUUCUGCUGCGCAACGGCGUCCUCUCUUACUCCAAAAUCCUCGCGCCGGAAAAUCCCGCCGGCGAGGACGUGCGACUGAUCGGCGAGGUCUCCUCCGGCGGCCUACCGCGCCUCGAUAGUCGGCGCAAGAAUCACAAGACCUUUGGCAUCGUUCAUCUCAAGGUCUCUUCUUUUCGAGAGAGCAAGUCAGACGACAGGAGAUUUUACAUAUUUACUGUUACUAAGACCCUUCAUCUGAGGACUAAAUCAAAGAAGGAUCGUGUGGCUUGGAUAGAAGCUUUGGUUUCGUCUCGAAACCAAUUUUUUAAUAGACCAUUAAAUGACAGUCUCUCACUUGUGCCAAAUGAUAUAUCUUUAUCAACCGAGAGGCUUAAAAAGCGGCUGAUUGAAGAGGGAAUCAGCGAGGCACUUGUUAAAGACUGCGAGAAGAUCAUGCUCUCAGAAUUUUCAGGAGUACAAGGACAAUUUAAAGUUCUUUGUGAAGAGCGAUCGAAUUUGCUGGACACAUUGAGGCAGCUGGAGGCAGCUAAUAUUGAAGCUGAAGGCUCUGGAAUUCCGUAUAGUGAAUAUCAAUUAAUAAAGCAGGAAGUUUCCGGUCUUGGGCGUGGAAAGUAUAGUGAAUGCAGCACAACUGAAUCAUCUGAUGAUAUUGAGAAACAAGAGCUCGAGGAAGUUUCAGAUGAGGAUGACACCUUCUAUUAUGACACCGAAGAAUACUUUUCUGAACCGACCGUUUGUUAUGGGUCUGUAACUGGUGUUGCCGGUCACAUGAGUAAGUGUAUGGGACCAGAAAAGGACAUUGACGGUAUAAAGAAUCUGAAUGCUGAAAGGGAAACCAUUACCUCUGGUUAUCCACAAAUUGAAAGGCGAAAGAAGCUUCCGGAUCCAGUCGAAAAGGAGAAACCGGUAAGUCUUUGGUCUAUGAUCAAAGACAAUGUAGGAAAAGAUCUGACACGAGUUUGUCUCCCUGUGUACUUUAAUGAGCCAAUAUCGUCUUUGCAAAAGUGUUUUGAGGACUUGGAGUAUUCUUUUCUGCUGGAUCGUGCAUACGAGCAUGGCAAAGCGGGUAACAGUCUCCUGAGAGUUCUGAAUGUUGCUGCUUUUGCUGUUUCCGGAUAUGCUUCAUCUGAAGGUCGGCACUGCAAACCCUUUAACCCAUUGUUAGGGGAAACUUAUGAAGCUGACUAUCCUGAGAAAGGGGUUCGAUUCUUCUCUGAAAAGGUUAGUCAUCACCCAACUCUCAUUGCCUGCCAUUCAGUAGGAAACGGUUGGAAAUUCUGGGGUGACAGUAACCUUAGAACCAAAUUUUGGGGGACGUCGAUUCAGCUUGACCCCGUUGGAACACUAACCUUAGAGUUUGAUGAUGGCGAGGUUUUCCAGUGGAGCAAGGUCACAACUUCCAUUUGCAAUAUUAUUCUUGGUAAAGUAUGCCUUCGUCACCAUGGAAUAAUGCAUAUACGUGGUAAUCGCCAAUAUUCAUGCAAGCUCAAGUUUAAAGAGCAGUCUAUUCUUGACCGGAGUCCACACCAGGUUCAUGGACAUGUUGAAGAUGUCUCAGGGAAAAAGGUUGCCACAUUAUUUGGAAAGUGGGAUGAAAGCAUGCAUUAUAUGAAUGGAGACGGGAAUACCAAAACAAAGGAUGUUUCAGAUGAAUCUUUAUUAUGGAAAAGGUGUAAGCCUCCCAGUUUCUCUCGGUACAACAUGACGUCAUUUGCAAUCACACUAAAUGAGUUAACCCCAGGGUUGCAGGAAAACCUUCCGCCCACUGAUUCAAGACUCAGACCAGACCAACGGCAUCUCGAGAACGGGGAAUACGAAAAGGCUAAUGGAGAGAAGCUACGGUUGGAGAAGCGCCAGAGGAUGUCAAGGAAACUACAGGAGAAUGGGUGGAAGCCCAGAUGGUUCCAAAGAGAAGGUGAAGAUGGACCAUUCCGUUACGUGGGUGGUUACUGGGAAGCACGAGAACAGCGAAAAUGGGACAGUUGCCCGCAGAUAUUUGGUGAAAUUAACGAAGACCUUGCUGAUUCCUUUGAAGGGUCCUAAUGUCGCCCAAGGAUGGAAUGCAAAGCCUUGAAGACAUCAAAGAGCAACUCGUGCACAAAGUUAGCUCCAUUCUUCCCCAGAGAAUAUCGAAAGCCGAUUACAAAUGAAUUCAGAAUGAAAAAAUCAAUCUCAAACCAGGCGAAAAUGGACGACGCCUCAUUUUUGUCUGCUCCGAUGUGCAGUUUGUGUAAUUUAAUCUCCCUCCCUGUCCAUUUGUUGUAGUUCCUCCCGUCGUCAGUAGCCAUUUGCUGACCAUUUAUUUACUGUCACCAUUUGUAUUUUCCCGGCAUGAAUAAAGUUGAAAGAGGAAAUAUAUCCAAAGAACCAUCCUCUCGUACAGGGAUAUCUUCUUGCUCAGGAAGCGUAUCAUGUUGUAGCUAGCAACUCUUAACCAGUUUCAAGAUCCUGAAAAUGUAAUCCGAUAUGUCAUUUUGCUGUCAGAAUCCAGUUUCAAGAUCUACUCGCUGCUCGAGUCGAGUACCCUUUUGGCAUCUCCCUCAAAUUUCAAAGUGAGGUCCUGGAAAGUUAAUUCUAGUUCCAAGGAAAAGACUUGAGUUGUAACCAACCUUCUUAUACAAACGAUUGGAUAUUUUGAUAUAUUCACCAUGACAUUUCUUUA